AUGAAUUUAUAAAAUUAUAAUCGAGAAGGUCGUAAUUAUAAAACUGAGAAAGUUAGAUAGAUAUCACCUUCUUCAAAAUUAAUGCAUUUGAGCAAUCAAGAAAUUAGCUUUUAUAUUUCUAAAUAUGGAGAUCCUUAGGAAAAUACAAAGGAUUCUGAAAACACCAAAUAUUUUAUGUCUUUAAUUUAGCCAUUACUUGAGGAGAAUUAUCAAUUAAAAGAUACUAUAUUAAACCUUACCGAAGCGUUGAAAUUGGAUAAAGAACUGCUUUUGGAAACAAUCAGUUAAAUUGUUAAAGAUAAAAAUUUAUCGUCUUCAAGCACAAUAAGUGAAAUUUUACAUUAGUUAACAUUAAGUGUUAAAAAAGAUAGAGAUUAUACAAGAAAAUUAGAAGAGAUAAUUGAAUAAAAGGAUCUUUUUAUAGAAUAGUUGUAAGGAGAAAUUGAAUAAUAUAAAAAAUGGAAAAUUGAUUUCAUUUAAGAAAAAAAUUUGGAAGUGGAAGCAAGAACGAGAAACUUUUUUUAAAAAAUGCAGUAAUUAGAGGAAAAUAAUUCUAAAUUAUGUUUAAAGAAUAAUGAGACUGUAGAAUUGUUAAUUGCUGAAUAAUAAUAAACUCAAAGUUUAAAUGAAAAAUUAUCAAAGUUUGUUGAUGACUUGUACAAAGCUCAAUAAUAAAAAUAGGAAUUAUAAUUAUAACUCAGUAUUGCAGAAAGAUAAAUCUAUUAAGAAAAACAAGAUAGUUAGAAAAGGUUAAAUGAGCAAAUAAGUUAACUACAUAAAGAUCAUUAUCAAUAAAUGGAAUAAUUGAAAAUUGAAUAAAUGGGUAUCGUAAAUGAAUUGAAGAAAUAAAUAAUAAAUUAAUAAGAGGAAAUAAAAAAUUUAGAAUUAAGUUACACUGCUUCCUUAGACAAAAACCUUAACGAAAUAAAAAGACUUUAAUAAUAGCUCUAAGAUUCGGAAAAGCAAAUAUAAGUUUAUAAAAAAUAAGAAUUAGCAAAUUUAGAUAAUUUGAGUAAAAUUAUGAUGGAGAAGAGAGAUAAAGAUUCAAAGUUAAAGAAUUUAGGCCAAAUAAUUGCUGAGAAAGAUAAACAAAUAGAUAAUCUAACUUUAGACGUAUUGUCAUUAAAAUCCAAAUUAGAACAAUCUGAAUUGAAAUGUACUUAGUAAAUUACAAAAUACAAAUAAAAAUAUAAAGAAAAGACAUAGGUAAAGAUUUAUGAAGCAAAGAAGGAUUUAGAGCAAAAAAUUGUAACAGUAUGAAUAUGGAGGAAAAAAAAAAUAGAAGUGAAAGAUUUCAAUGUAUGUAAAUAAUGUAUAUUGGAUGUUCAAAAAAACUUCUAUUAGUAAAAGGAAUGUAAAGCUGAUAAUGAAAAGAUUGAGAGAUGAGAUAGAAGAUUUAGAAUUCAAAUUAAAUAGACUAUGGAUAAUAUAGUGAGGAAUUUCAAGUAUGCAAAAUUAAAAAUGGAAUAUGAUAGAUUAAAGCUGGAAUUGGCAUAAUAAUAAUGAAAUUAUGAUUUCUCAUUUUUAAUUUUAACUUUGGAUAUAAA